AGCGAUUUGCUGCGCUGCUGCGUAUUCUUUUUCUUCUUCUUCUUCUUCUUCUGCUGCUGCUGCUCUCUUCCCAAGCCUCGGGAUGUGAAAAGAAAAGAAAAGCCCCCAAAUUGGGAUGGAAAAGUUGCGGUGACUGCGUUGGAUUUCCUCCUCUACCUUUUUUUGUUUUCUGUGCGUGUGUUGCCGGUGGAGACGCGGAAGGGAGUCGGGACGGCGGUGCCUCGGAAAGUUCCCCCAACUCCGGUGCCACAACGUCGGACUGGAAUAAUGUGAUUUGACAGCAAGGAAGUUAUCGCGUUUUUCUCUUUUUCUUUUCGACCUUUAUUUUUUACCCCCCUUCCCCCUUUUCUUGUUGUUGUUUCCGCCCCUCUGCCAAAUGGUUUGAAUGAAGUUUUUUGACACGCAUGCGGCGGCGACCUCGGGAUGCUUCAACACUUUUUUGCUUCAAUUCGACGCGUUUCUCGGCAAGAGGACGCGCAUUGACGUCCGUACAGCCCCCCCCCCUCCCCUCUUUGGAAUUACUUUGGAUUACUUCUGCAAAGGCACCGAGAGGCGUUGAAUGAUGUCUUGUACCGGAUUUGUUUUGCUCUUCGGAAUUGUCCAAGUGUGCUCAGGAUCCCGCCUGCGCCAAGAGGACACGCCCCCUCGCAUCGCGGAGCAUCCGUCCGACCUGAUCGUAUCCAAAGGCGAGCCGGCCACCCUCAACUGUAAGGCGGAGGGCCGGCCCACGCCCACCGUGGAGUGGUACAAGGACGGCGAGCGGGUGGAGACGGACCGGGACGACCCGCGCUCGCACCGCAUGCUGCUGCCCAGCGGCUCGCUCUUCUUCCUGCGCAUCGUUCACGGCCGGCGGAGCAAACCCGACGAGGGCUCCUACGUCUGCGUGGCCCGCAACUACCUGGGGGAGGCCGUCAGCCACAACGCCUCGCUGGAAGUAGCCAUUCUGCGCGACGACUUCAGACAGAACCCCGCCGACGUGAUUGUGGCAGCCGGAGAGCCGGCGGUCCUGGAGUGCCAACCGCCCCGCGGGCAUCCGGAACCCACCAUCUCUUGGAAGAAAGACGGCCUCAACGUCGACGACCGGGAUGAGAGGGUCACGAUACGCGGCGGGAAGCUGAUGAUCACCAAUGCCAGGAAGAGCGACGCCGGGAAGUACGUCUGCGUCGGGACGAACAUGGUCGGCGAACGGGAGAGCGAAAUCGCCGAACUGACGGUGCUCGAGCGACCCGGCUUUGUGCGUCGGCCCGGCAGCCAGGUGGUGCUGGUGGACCAAAGCGUGGAGUUCCGGUGCGAGGCGCGCGGUGACCCGGUGCCGACGGUGCGAUGGCGGAAGGACGACGGAGAGCUGCCCAAAGCAAGGUACGAAAUCCGGGAGGACCACACUCUGAAGAUCCGCCGUCUGACUUCGGCAGACGUCGGCUCCUACACCUGCGUGGCGGAGAACAUGGUGGGCAAGGCGGAGGCGUCGGCCAGCCUCACCGUCCACGUGCCGCCUGCAUUUGUGGUGAGACCGCGGAACCAGGUGGUCGGUGUCGGCAGGACCGUCACCUUCCAGUGCGAAGCCACCGGCAACCCUCAACCGGCCAUAUUUUGGCAACGGGAAGGAAGUCAGAACCUGCUGUUCUCCUACCAACCACCGCAACCGUCCAGCCGCUUCUCGGUGUCGCAGACGGGCGAUCUGACCAUCACCGGCGCCGAGGACUCCGACGUGGGCUACUACAGCUGCCAGGCUCUCAACAUCGCCGGAAGCGUCAUCACCAAGGCCUUUCUGGAGGUCAUUGACGUGGUGUCAGACCGCCCGCCACCGAUCAUCAGGCAGGGCCCGAGCAAUCAGACGGUGGCUGUGGACGGCACGGCGGUCCUCAGCUGCGUGGCCUCGGGCGGUCCCACCAUCCUGUGGAGGAAGGACGGCGCGCUGGUGUCCACUCACGACUCGCGCGUCAAGCAGCUCGAGACGGGCGCUCUGCAGAUACGCUACGCCAAGCUGAGCGACUCGGGCAACUACGCCUGCAUCGCUUCCACGCCCGGGGGCGAGGCUUCGUGGAAAGCCCAUUUACAAGUCCAAGAAUUUGGAGUUCCCGUGCAGCCAAACAGACCCACCGACCCCAACCUGAUCCCGAGCGCCCCGUCCAAACCCGACGUCACCGACGUCAGCCGCGCCUCGGUCACGCUCUCCUGGAGGCCCAACCUCAAUGCCGGGGCCACGCCCACUUCCUACGUCAUCGAGGCAUUCAGUCACGCGUCGGGCAGCAGCUGGCAGACGCUGGCGGAACACGUCCGAAGCGAGUCUUUUGUGUUGAAGGGCUUGAAGCCCAGCGCCGUCUACCUCUUCCUGGUGAGGGCCGCCAACGCCUACGGACUGAGCGACCCCAGUCCAAUCACCGAUGCUGUGAAAACACAAGACAUCCCCCCAACCAGCCAGGGCGUGGACCACCGACAGGUCCAGAGGGAGCUUGGCGAGGUGCUGAUCCACCUGCACAACCCCACCAUCCUGUCCUCGUCCUCCGUCAGGGUGCAGUGGACGGUGGAGCAGCAGUCCCAGUACAUCCAGGGCUACAAGGUGAUGUACCGGCCGUCACCAGAGGGGGUGCCGGCGCGCGGCGACUGGGCCACCUUUGAGGUGCGCACGCCCGGCGAGGACAGCGCCGUCGUGCCGCAACUUCGUAAGGGCGUCACGUACCAGUUCAAAGUGCGCCCCUUCUUCAACGAGUUCCAGGGCACCGACAGCGAUGUGAAAAUUGCACGCACCCUGGAGGAAGUGCCCAGCGCGCCUCCCCGCCAGGUGACUGUGACGGAGAGCAGCGACAACGGGACCGCCGUUGUGGUCUCCUGGCAACCGCCGCCGGAGGAGGAGCGCAACGGGGUGGUCCAGGAAUACAAGAUUUGGUGCUUGGGGAAUGAGAGCAGGUAUCACAUCAACCGCACGGUGGAUGCCAGCACCUUCUCCCUGCUCAUUCCCAGUCUGGCCCCGGGAAUCCGUUACGGCGUGGAGGUGGCGGCCAGCACCGGGGCGGGCCCCGGGGUCAAGAGCGACGUCACCUACUUCCAACUCGAUGAGUCGGGGCGGAUGACGGCGGCGGCGGACCCCCACAACCCGCUGUCGCAGCAAAUCUCCGACGUGGUGAAGCAGCCGGCCUUCAUCGCCGGCAUCGGCACCGCCUGCUGGAUCAUCCUCCUGGUCUUCAGCAUCUGGCUCUACCGGCACAGGAAGAAGAGGAGCGGACUCUCCAGCAGCUACGCCGGCAUACGCAAGGUGCCAUCUUUUACCUUCACACCAACAGUGGCGUACCAGAGAGGUGGAGAAGCAGUGAGCAGUGCUGGGAGGCCGGGCCUCCUCAACAUGGGCGAGUCGGCCACGCAGCCCUGGCUGGCCGACACGUGGCCCAACUCGUGCUCCAAUCACAACAACUGCAGCAUCAACUGCUGCGCCGCCGGCAACGGCAACAGCGACAGUAACCUGGCCACGUACAGCCGGCCCGCCGACUGCAUCGCCAAUUACAACAGCCAGAUGGACAAUAAGCAGAGCGGCCUGCUGGUGCCCGAUCCGGGCGUGUACGGUGAGAUGGACCUGUCCAACAAGAUCAACGAGAUGAAGACCUUCAACAGCCCCAACCUGAAGGACGGCCGCUUGGUGGGCGCCGGCGGGCAGCCCACGCCGUACGCCACCACGCAGCUCAUCCAGUCGUCCAUCAUGAGCAACAACGCCGGCGGAGGGGAGCUCAAUGACAAACACUGCUGGAAGCCCCCCGGCGGCGUCCUGCAGCCCAAACAGGAAAUGCAGUACAGCAUCAUGGAGCAAAACAAGCUGAACAAGGAUCGUUACAGAGGCGCCGACACCCCCAUGAUGCCGGCCACCAUCCCAUACAGCCACGACAGCCACACGGGGGGCUCCUACAACAGCUCGGAUCGAGGCAGCAGCAGCAGCACCUCAGGCAGCCAGGGUCAGAAAAAGGGAGCGCGCACCCCCAAGCCGCCCAAACAGAGCACAAUGAAUUGGGCCGACCUCCUGCCUCCCCCGCCCGCCAACCCGCCUCCAUCGCGCAACGCCGAGGACUACUCGCUGUCAUUGGAAGAAAGCCGCCAGCCAGACAUGCAGUGCUCCAUGCCGCCCUCUCACAUGUACCUGCAGCCCGACGAGCUCGAGGAGAUGAUGGAGGAGGAGGGGGGGGAGGAGGAGGAGAUGGAGAUGGAGAUGGAGCGGGGGCCCACCCCGCCUGUCCGCGGCACCGCCUCCUCCCCCGCCGCCGUCUCGUACAGCCACCAGUCGACCGCCACGCUCACGCCCUCGCCGCAGGAGGAGGUGACGCCUAUGCUGCGGGAGCACGAGCGCAGGCGCCACGGCGUGAGCCCCCCUCCCCAGCGCCUCUCGCCCUCACAUACGUACGGCUACAUGGCCAGCCCCGGCGACACCGACGGCGACGAGGACGAGGGCGAAGGGCGGAUCCCCGAAGAGGACGAGGACACGGACGCCGAGUUGGCCAAGAUGAACUACCGGCGCGGCCACCCGCACCCGCACGCGCACCACCUGCAGACGCACCCGCGCCGGCUGCUGCUGCGGGGCAUGGAGCAGACGCCGGCGUCUAGCGUGGGCGACCUGGAGAGCUCGGUGACGGGCUCCAUGAUCAACGGCUGGGGCUCCGCCUCCGAGGAAGAUAAUGUCUCCUCGGGGAGGUCCAGCGCCGUCAGCUCCUCCGACGGCUCCUUCUUCACCGAUGCCGACUUCGCGCAGGCCGUCGCCGCCGCCGCCGAGUACUCGGGCCUGCGGGUGGCCAAGCAUCCCGCAACGCAAAGCCAGGAAGGUGCGGCGCUGUCGGCGCGGAAAUACCAAAUCACCCCGGCGGGCCACCGUCCCGGCAGUCCGGUGUCCACGGACAGCAGCAUGAGUAUGGCGGCCGUGCACAGGAGGCCUCCCAAGAAGCAGAAGCAGCACCCCGCCGUGGGCAACCAGCGACGGGAAGCCUACAGCGAAGAUCUUCCACCGCCACCCAUCCCUCCGCCGGCGGUGCUCAAGUCCCCCACGCACCCAUCCAAGGUGGGCCUGGAGGGCCGGGGGGUGGUCUCACCCAAAUCCACAGACAAGCGAGGGGCGGCAGGAUUCCGACCCAAAGAAGGCUCGGACCCCAGAACCAGCUCGGCGGAACGCAGGGAGGCCCAGGAGAGACAGAAAGCGCAGGGGGGCAAAGGCGGCCACAGGGGGCGCCAACAACUAGGUACGGAGGACAUACUGCCCUACAGCCGACCGCAGUUUCCGGCGGUCAACAGCCCGAGGGAGCCCAGCUCCUCCAGCUCCAUGUCCUCCAGAGGCUCGGGGGGGCGGCGGCGAGGCGACGCGGGCCACAGGAACCCGGCCGACGUCAACCUCAGCGCCACGGGGGCUUUCCACACACGAAAUGAAGAGCUUGAGAUGGUGGAAAGCUGAAGAAGACAAAUAGGAUGAUUUCUUUAUUUUUUUUUUUGCCAAUCGCCCCUAUUUUCUGUCUUACAUAAAUCAGUAUUUUGCCGCUAUGUCAGCGACCAAUCAUACCGCAUCCCAGCAUUUCUUUACAUUCGGAAAACGUGCCGAGGUCUCCUUUUUUAUCUUCUAAUUUAUCACAGCAAAGGGGAGAUCAGGAAAGAAAACGAAUGUUCAAGUGGCCCGUUAGGAUAUUUAUGUUGAAUUCCAAUGCAAUAUGGAGUGAAGUCUGAGGGGUGGGGGGGUCGAGAGUUUCUUUUUGUCGAGUCGGCACACAUGCAAGCAGGGAGGGCUGGACUUUUAGUGUGUAAAUAUCCGUACGGUAUGUCAACAUGUCAUCCCAUUGUGGUUGCGCAAUUUGUCCCCCCCCCCCGCUUUGUUUGUUGUUGUUGUUGUUGUUUUAAUGGGAAUCCUAAUUUUAUUAUGCCAGUAAAUAUAAAUAUUUUAUCAUUUCCAUCCAUGUUUGUCAAUUGCAACCCCAAGUGCCACUCUGGGAUUUUUUUUCUUUUUUUUUUUUUGUAAUGCACUGUUAUGUUUCAUGUUUUUGGAGAAUGUUCUUUGCUUUUUUUGUUUUGUUGUUUGUUUUACAUUGGUUUUAAAAGCACAAUCACUAAACUUUAUUUUAAACCAUGUUGUCUAUUAAUCCUUUUGUCUUACCGGCAGGAAACUGCAGGUGAAGACAAAAGAGUCGAGUUAAUCCUGAUGAUGAUGAUUUGGUUGGUAACGUUCGGCGUUUUACGAAGGCACGUCUUCUCCUCCGGUUCUCAAGUGACAGAGGGGAGGAGGACAGUUCAUGUGAGUCACAGCUGCAAUGGAAAUAUUUGUUUGGCAUUGACCGUAAUAUCAACGAUUGCACAUGAAACUGACAGGGGGGGGGGGAACAAAUGAAAAAAAAAAUGGCUUCGAUUUGUCGAUUAAAUGCACUUAAAGGAAUGUCAAAUCAAAGGAGGCGAGAGGGGCGAUCUGGAGAGGACGAAGAGCUUUUUUGGUGGACAAAACAGAAGCGAUGAAGGCCCCGCCCGUCUUUUUUUUCAAGGGAGCUAAGGGUGCUGUUGUUUAUUCAUAGGACAUCUGCAAACAUUUGUUUCAUAAUGCAAAAAAAAGGAAAAACAAAUAAAAAGAUGAAUAAUUAAAAAAAAAACUUCAAA